CGUGAAGAUGGCGGGUGUUCUGGAGCGGAGCUUCAUUGAGAUUUGUGGAUUUGAAAGAGAAACUGUUUCACGGUUUAGAGAGAUCACAAUAAAUAUCGGUGUUGGUGGUCACUCAAGUGGUGCAAAGCAUGCAGACAGUGCAGGUGGAUUCUCUUAUGAGGACAGUGGGAAACUCCUGUCUGUCACCAGCAACAGAUACAUACACUGGUCAACUUCAGGUGACACCGUUCAGUUUGUUGAGCAGUCGCUGGACACCAACCUUCUGAAUAAUGCCGUACGACUGCGUAUCCCACACUGCCCUCUGCUGCCAGGAGGAGUUCACAUUCAGGAGACACUCAACAACAUAUUGAUCCUGAUCGCCACAAGCCAAACCGUCCAUCGGCUAGUUUUGCCGCACCCUACGCACAUGUACCACAGCGAUCUGGUCACUGAACUCCAGAUGCAGUCAAUCUUCACAGAUAUCGGAAAGCUAAACCUAAAGGAUCCGGCCCACUGUUAUGUCCUCCCAUUCGCUCAAGGCUCACAGCCGACAGGCCCCUCCACUACGGCCGCUUGGAUCAGUCCUCAGGGGGAAGCACUUUUCGCUCUUGGUUCACCUUUGGGUGGCAUUAUGAUCAUCACUUUACCUCCUCAUGAUCAAGAAGGGACUGUGUCUGUGGUGGAGCUGAAGCAGAGUUCAGUGAUACAGAGAAUAGCAGGCUGGAUGCCCACUGCCAUCAGGGGCGAUCAGAGUCCGUAUGAUCUUGCCAUUAGUCUGGUUGUUCACCAGCUAGAAGAUGACACCUUUGUGUUUGCCCUUUGUCAGGAUCAUAAGCUCAGGAUGUGGUCAUUUAAGCUUCAGAUGUGUCUCCUGGUGACUGAUAUGUUGGAGUACAUGCCUGUGGGCAGUGGAGAAAUGAGGAAUUCUCCAGGACAGGCUCAUAAACUCCGACUCUGCUUCACCUCCACAACUGGCCUGUGUCUCGCUGUUUACCUUGCUGUUCCCAAUCGCAGCCAGUUCUGUGUGCUGCAGCUGGUGGCCAAUGAGAACAGCCGAUACAGCCUAGAUCACAUCUCCACGCUGUUCUCAACACAGGAGACACUGGUGGAUUUUGUCUUGACAGCGACUGAUGUUUGGGGUCUUUGGCUAGAUGAUGACAAUCAGACUGUGGUGAAGUACAUCAGCUUUGAACAUAACAUGGCAGGCAUGUGGAACCAGGUGUUUGUUCAGCCCUCACCACCAGAGGAAGUUCACACUGGUGAAGAUCAAGACCCACGGGAAACAUAUUUGGAUAUUCUUUUUUCACCAGUACGCUUUUCAGCCGCUGCCAUUGUUAAAGCUUUACAGAUUUACAAGAGGGGAACUGAGGGACAUUUUGACUUAUCGUGGGAGGAGCUAAAGAAAGAAGUUGUGGUCACACUGGAGAAUGAGCUUCAGGCCAGUGUGACAGAGUACGAGUUCUCUCAGGAGGACUACCGCCUGCUGCAGGUAGAGUUCUGGUCCAAGUUUUACGCAUGCUGUCUGCAGUAUCAGGAGGUUCUGUCCAACCCUCUCGCCCUACACGUCAGCCCAACCACAGCCAUGGUCUGCAUCCUCAAGAAGGCAUUUGUGUCUUUCUUGUUGCCCUGUUUUGCUGUCGACCAUCUUUACCUAUCCUCUGAUGAAUACUUUUUUUCUGAAGAGGAGACGCCCAUUGCUGAGGAUUCUGAUAUGAGCCGAGACAUCCUGCUGCUCGUUCAGUGUCUGCGUCAGUUGAAUGAAUAUCUCACAGAGGACAUGGCUUAUGAGAUGGAGAAAGCACUUGAGCACCUGCUGUCUCCAGAGAAAACAUCUGAAAAAGUCUUUGAGGCUCUCUUGGCCAGUGACACUGCGACAGGAAUUCAGGACAUUGCAAACAAACUGCUAGAUGUCCGUAACCCUAUUGGUGCCAUGAAUCUGCUGCUCAGAGAGCUGGACCUUGAGACAGACGCAGAGACUGAUAAUAGACCAACUACAGGUCAAUCUCUACGAGUGCGGAUCAGCUUGUCUCAGCUGUAUGGCAGCAGUGUGGCCUCCAGUCUCAUCUGUCAAGGCGUCUGUCAGACCAGCAUGACCAGGAUGCUGCUGUGCAGAGACCUGCUCAUCCUCCAGCAACUCUACCUGCAUCUGGGUGACAAAAUAUUUCCUGCAGGUGGUUCUCAGUUGUUGCAGCUGCAGCAGGACUUGAUUCCUCGAUGCUCUCAUUUGCUCUGCACUUAUCACCUUCUCAAACAGAUGAGCCUGACGCUGUCCUCGUCCGUCCCUCUGGACAUACUAAACACAGAUUUGCAGCAUCUGUCUGUUCUGGAGCUUUCAGACUCUACAGCACCUGCAACCAACAGAUCAGUGUUGAGUCCCCAGACUGUGCUGGAGUUGUUCUACCAGAAUGUGGCACGUAAAGUGAUCGUGUCUCAGAUCUUCUCUCAUCAGGAUAUGAUGGCCAAUGAGAGCGUAUUGCACUGGCCACAGAUGAUCUCAAGCGUUCUCACAAUGCUCUGCCAGUUUCUCUGGCCGAGUAAUCCCAGCUUCUUGUUUCCUGAAUGCCUUAUGGGGAAUUGUCAGUAUGCACAACUACAGGAAUAUGUUCGAUUAGUUGGGCCGUGGUGCCAGGUGAAUGUGGGAUCCUGUCGCUUUGUUUUGGGUCAGUGUUAUCUGGCUAAUGGCGAGGGUCAGAAGGCAUUGCACUGUUUCCAGGAAGCAGCGGCUGAGGUGGAAAAAGAAGAGUUUUUAAUGAAACUUGCGGGAUCGGAUGAUGAAACAGCCACCACCGCCCCGCGAUUACUCUAUUAUAACAAGGUUCUGCGGUUAUUGGAAGAUAUUGGUUUGCCAGAGCUUGUGAUUCAUUCAGCCACACUGGCCAUAUCUGAAGCUGUAAAUGAUGAGAGAAGUCAGGCUGCACUGUGGACUCGUAUAUUUAAACAUCAUCUGGAUCUGGGUCAUAACACUCAGGCAUAUGAAGCUCUGACCCAGAACCCGGAUUCUAGCAGGCAGCUGGACUGUCUCCGGCAGCUGGUGGUGGUUCUGUGUGAACGUGCUCAGCUCAGAGAUCUCAUCCAGUUCUCCUUUGUUAAUUUACACGAUGAGGUGGUGGGGAUCAUUGAGUCUCGUGCAAGAGCGGUUGACCUCAUGACUCAUAACUACUAUGAGCUGCUCUAUGCCUUUCAUAUCAAUCGUCAUAACUAUAGGAAAGCGGGUACAGUUAUGUUCGAGUAUGGGAUGCGUCUGGGACGGGAGGUUCGUACUUUGCUUGGCCUGCAGAAACAGGUGAACUGUUACCUGGCAGCCCUCAAUUGUCUGAGGCUUGUUCGUCAGGACUAUGCUUGGAUUGUACAGCCCUCAUCUGGAGCAGUUUAUGAGCGAGCAGGUGCAUCACCGAAGAGAAACUAUGAUGGUGAAAUGUCUGGUGGUCCAGUAAAUCAGCAGAUUGACAUAUUGGAGCUGAAGGAUUUAGAGAGGGACUAUAUUUUAGCUCGCAGUCGUCUGACUUUGGCCCAGCAGGACCCCUCCUCAGCAGCCAUUGCAGGAGGGGCAUCUUCAGUAGAGAUGGUGACUCUGCUGGUCCAAACAGGACUUUUUGACACAGCUCUCAUGCUGUGUCAGACCUUUAACUUAUCUCUGACACCAGUCUUUGAGGGACUCACCUUUAAGUGUAUUAACCUACAGUAUAAAGGAGAUCAGGACCAGACGGAGGCGUGGAACUGGCUUGCGGCCAAUCAGCUGCCAUCUGUCAUCACUACCAAAGAAUGCAGUGCGACAGAUGAAGCUUGGCGACUUUUAGCCUAUUAUUUGGAGCAUCAUCCCUCACAAAAUGCGGAAUAUCAUCGUUGUGUUAUCAGCAAGCUACUGUCCCACAGUGUACCACCGCCUGACUGGCUGGUUAAUGCUCACAAGGUCAUAGAUGCCGCGGCUCUCCUGCGUCUCUAUCUGAACUAUGACCAACUUCAGUCAGCAUCUGAGCUUGUGCUGGAGUAUGUCGACGCUAUGCUUGGGAAGGGAUAUCAGUAUUUUGGCAUAGAGCGUCCGCUCUCUGCUACAGCAUCUCUUGUGUGGCUACCCUACACAUCUAUUGAUCAGCUCUUAAGGAGUCUCAGUGAAAGUCAGAUCAAUGAAAAGAUGUACAAGAAUCUCAAAGAUAAACUAGCAGAGUAUCACAGGUUGGUGGAGCAGAGCAGCAGACACAAACUCAUGGCUCGUUGACCUCAACUCGUCAUACAUGUAUUCAGGAUGAGUCAUGUCUACAUGAAGUUCAUGUUUCUUGACGGCAUGUAAAGCUUCCUGUUUAUGCUUCCUGCUCAAAACAUGUAAAAAAUAGUUUCAUUGGUUUGAUACAGUGGAUUUUGUUUUCUAUAUAGAUACUCUUAAAAUCUUAACAUUUUGUAUACUCUUGUUUACAUGAGAUGUAAUUUACAUAUGAAAUAAAUGGUUGUUUAAUUGAG